UAUCCACUAUACCUCCAAUUUUGGUGUCAUCUGUAAUCCUAACUGAUUAGUCACCCAGGAAAUGUUAGACAGAUUAAAACCCACACUAACUACUGGGUAACUACAGAAUUGACCUCCCAGCCACUCACUGAGUCCAAAUCCUUACCUGACAGUUCCUCACUGAUACCCCUGACAUCCUGAUUACUAACUACCCCCUGCAAAUCCCGCAUCCUCCCUUCCCAAAUCGUGAUCCAACUGCUCUUCCUGACCAUUUGUCUAAUCCCCGACCAGACCUCAAUAAACACUUGAUAUUCCCCAGCUGCACAUGAUCUGACUAAUCCCAGAUACACAUACCCACUUACCAGCUCACCUAACUAUCCAGCUCACAUGUGGUAUCACCUACCAUCCUAUCCACCAUGUUACCUCAUCCACCUACCAGUCAUGCAGCUGCCAUGCUGCCCAAUUUGCAAUCAUACUCAACUGUCCUUUGCAACACCACUGGCACUUCACUAACUUUCCAACCCUUCCCAUUUACCAUUUUGUCAAUCUACUAUCUGAUCUGUUACCCCACCCACCUACUUCCUGCACAGUGAUCCAAUUACAUCAACCUCCUACCACCCUACCAAUUCACCUAAUGUUCACUAACAUUCAGACUGGACAUUUAAACUUACCAUAUGGCAGAUGGUGCUGUGAAAGUGUACAGAGACAUGGCCUGACACCUCUAGACUCUACUUCAUUCUGAUGAAGCACUCUGAGAGAUAGUGUCAACACUUCUGGAGAAGCUGGUUUGAAAGAUCCGAGCAGUUUGAACAGUGAUCAAGGCCUUGGCUUGGCCUCAUUAAGUGUCAUCUAUGCAGCUCUUAUCCUGUCUUCAAUGUUCCUUCCACCGCUGAUGAUAAAAUAUCUUGGUUGUAAAUGGACCAUUGUUAUCUCCAUGUGCUGCUACGUUGCAUUUUCAAUUGGAAAUUUUUAUCCUAGCUGGUAUACACUUAUUCCCACUGCAAUAAUUCUUGGAACAGGAGGAGCUCCACUUUGGUCGGCAAAAUGUGCCUAUCUUACCAUUUGUGGUUACCAAUACGCAAAAAAAUUUAAUAAGAUUGGAGAAAAUAUAGUAAACCACUACUUUGGGAUAUUCUUCCUUGUAUUCCAGUCAUCUGCUGUUUGGGGCAAUCUAUUGUCAUCAUUAAUAUUUCAAUACAGUUCCGGAAAAGCUAACAUCACUGAUGAGAUUUUAGCCUACUGUGGACCUAACAAUUGCCCACAAUAUAAUGAAAAAGUCUCUCAGAAUGUUACAUCUGUCCACCAUUCUAUGGCUGUGAUCCACACUCUCUCAGCUAUUUAUACUGGUGUUGGUGUCGGUGGAGUACUCCUUGUUGCUUUUUUUCUGGAUCAACUUGAUAAGAAGGAAAUAGAGGAUUUCAAAGGGAAGGAUGUAAAUAUUUGGGCUGUCUUAGUGGCGACCUUUACACACCUAAAGGACAAGCGUCAAUGUCUACUCAUUGUCAUGACAAUGUACAGUGGGUUUGAACAAGGCUUCCUUGCCGGAGAUUAUACAAAGGCAUAUGUCACUUGUACAAUUGGAAUACAAUUUGUUGGUUAUGUUAUGAUCUGUUUUGGUGCUUCAAAUUCCAUCUUCUCUGUGAUGUUUGGAAAACUCUCAGAGUAUACUGGGCGAAUUCCACUGUUUGCCUUUGCAACCAUCACGAAUCUUGCAUCAAUAAUUGCAUUGUUUUUAUGGAAUCCACGACCAGAACAAAUGCCAGUAUUUUUUGUAUUCCCUUGUCUUUGGGGAAUAGCUGAUGCUGUUUGGCAGACACAGACCAAUGCCCUUUAUGGAGUUCUAUUUCUGAGCCACAAAGAAGCAGCAUUUGCUAACUACCGACUGUGGGAAUCUGUGGGAUUUGUUACAGCAUUUGCUUAUGCAAACUUCUUAUGUAUAAAAGUCAAGCUCAUUAUCUUGGUGAUAGUCCUGUUAUUGGGCAUGAUACUGUAUGGAAUUGUCGAAUAUAUUGAAUUUGUUCAGCAUGGCAGUGAAAAUCCUCACACAGUUUCACAAAUUUUACGUGGUGAGCACCUAAAAACAAAAAAACAGAAGCCAGAUGAACUGGAAGAAGAAGCGAAAGAAGAAACAGAAACCACUGAUGUAAAAUCUGUUGAUGAAAAUGAUGCUGAAACCUAAAAGACAUCCUCUGGGACAAAGUUAUAUGAGCAGCAUCUACAUUCUUCUAAAGAUUAACUAUACACUUUAAAAUAUUGCAUUACAUAAUUUACUUCAAAAUAAUUUUCUAAGUAUUGUAUUAAAUUUAUAAUGGCCAAGACUGUCUUCUAUAAUAGUCAAGCUGAAUUAGAUAAUGUAACAUUGGUAGAUCCAUGAAUUGGCAUAAAAUAUAGGUUUGAGUUCAUAGGAUAUUUAAGUUGUUUUUGAAACUCUUACCUAGUCCAGUAACACAGGUAAACGUGGUGAGGAAAAUGCCAAAUCUCCAAGUCAAAAACGAUUUUGCAACAACUUGUACUGCAACAGCCCAUGCUGGAUCUUUAAAUAAUAACUAGUACUUUUAAUCCAUAAACACAGCUUGUUGAAUAUCCUGUGGUAUGUUAGUACUUUUACCUUGAAAGUUAGACUAGAAGACCCUAUUAUCAUACUCAUGGUGAUGGCAAUGCUUGUAACCUGAAAUAAAUUUCUCCAAUUCA